CGGCCUCCAGCCCCAUUUGAUCAGUCCGAUUCUGCUUCUUAGCACAGAAUGAUUACUUUGAUAACGAUUGUGCUUUCGUUGCUGCUGGUCAUCAAUGGUGAACCGGCGAAUAAAUUUGAAUCAACCAACGGGUGUUUACAGUAUAACACUGAUCAUGGAUCCAAUUAUCAACAUCCGUACUAUCCAACUAGCAGCUUCCGACACGUAAAUAUAACCGACAACGGAGUGAGGAUUAUGCGUUUCGGUGUUCUCGGAAAAAAAGAUGGCUACAUCCGGUUAUCACCAAUCAUGUAUCCCUACGAUGGAAUCGAAAUGUUUGAAAUCAUUCUAUCUGGAUGGGCAAAUACAAAGACCCUAGUCCGUCGCUACAAGCGUACCUCACCAAGUCAGUUUGUCGACGAAAAUGUGUUGAAGGAACAGUCCAGUAUUGGUAUGUUGUCCGUGUACGAACCCUUCAUGUUCACGAUGGCAGUGCAUCCCAACGGCCUGGUGCAGUUGACCAGAGAUGGUGAUUCACAACCGUUCCUGGUAUUUCGUGAUCCAAAAUCCGCGUCUACUAAUUAUAUAGGUUUUAGCAACUACGACGUUCCGGUUGUGUUUUUCUACGAUUGUCCGCUGGAGAUAGAUCGGUGCUUGUGCGAUGGAGUUGUGAUGGUUGAAUCACAAUUUCACAUGUUUUGCUCUAUCCGAAACCCUUUAAAGUACCUGUAGAGUAUUAUUUGAACUCUUAUCAUGGAUAGUGUUUAUGAUUGUAAGCUUAUCAUACUUCAAAGAUAAUUUUUGAAUACAUGCAAAUCUAAUUGAAGCAAUAAAAUGUUUACUAUUUACAACUAGCAAAGUUGAAUAUCAAACGAGUUUUAGAUCAAAUUUUAUGAGUCAGUUCCCAAAAUUGUAUUCCUAUUCCUAUAUUGUAUUAUCGCGAAUAGUAAUCAUAAAGAUAUAAAGAAAAAUCAAAAUCCUGUUGAAAAAAUGUAAACUGUCCUUUUGAGUGGAAUGCCAUCGCUGAACGUGAAUAAAAUGAUAGAAAAUUAAAAA